UAUACAGAGGUUUUCUGUGAUGACACAAGGUAGAGCAGGUUGUGGACCAGCCUCCACAUGUACAGUCUGAAUUCCACUAGAAAUACUGCUAAUUUUAAGCACAGCGACCUGUAACGUGACGGCGUGCAGUUAGCUGGCCAGUGCCUCCGAGCAAACUGCUACGAGCUGAUGAACCUGUGAUGUAAGGCAAUGCUCGCUCCGCCACCAUGGCCAGUGUCACGCUGCGGUACUUCUGCUAUGGCUGCCUCGUCACCUCGGCCACCUGGUCCGUUCUCCUCGUCCUCUACUUCUCUCUGGGGACUGGGCCCACCCACGGCAGGGGCCCCGUGCAGCACCGCAGCCAGCCAGGCACCAGGGGGGUGGACCGGAGGGCAGGGCAUGGGCCUCUGCCGGCCAAUCAGGGAGUGGAGCUGUCGCCAGAGAUGGGAACCCAGCUUGCCUUUGUCAUGAUUGCUCAGCUGGGUUCAGGGAUGAUAUUUAACGAAGCAGAUCAGGAGAUCCGGGACACCGGAUACCACCGACACGCCUUCAAUGUCCUCAUCUCUACCAGACUGGGCUACCACAGAGAGCUGCCCGACACCAGAGACUCCCAGUGUCGGGAGAAGGUCCACCCUAUGGGUCUACCUUCUGCCAGCGUAGUGAUCUGCUUCUUCAAUGAGGCGUUUUCCGCCCUGCUGAGGACCGUCCACAGCGUGCUGGACCGGACGCCGGCCUACCUGCUGCACGAGAUCAUCCUGGUGGAUGACCACAGCGAGCUUGAGGAGCUGAAGGACAACUUGGACCGCUACGUCAGGGAGGAGCUGCAAGGCCGACUCAAACUAGUGAGGAACCAGAAGAGGGAAGGACUCAUCAGAGGACGCAUGAUAGGAGCCUCACAUGCCACUGGUGAGGUGCUGGUCUUCCUGGACAGCCACUGUGAGGUGAACCAGGCCUGGCUGCAGCCUCUGCUGGCUCCCAUCCAGAAGGACCACCACACCGUCGUCUGCCCCGUCAUUGACAUCAUCUCAGCCGAUACGCUCACAUACUCAGCCUCCCCCAUCGUCAGGGGCGGCUUCAACUGGGGGUUGCACUUCAAGUGGGACCCUGUCCCCCCCUCUGAGCUCAGUGGGCCAGAGGGAGCCACUGGACCGAUCAGGUCUCCCACCAUGGCAGGCGGACUGUUUGCUAUGAACAGGAAGUAUUUUAAUGAGCUUGGCCAGUACGAUGCUGGCAUGGACAUCUGGGGUGGGGAAAACCUGGAAAUCUCCUUCAGGAUCUGGAUGUGUGGCGGUCAGCUGCUCAUCAUUCCCUGCUCCAGAGUCGGUCAUAUCUUCAGGAAGAGGCGGCCCUAUGGAUCACCAGGGGGACAGGACACCAUGGCCCAUAAUUCCCUGCGACUAGCGCACGUAUGGAUGGACGAGUACAAGGAGCAGUAUCUGUUUCUGCGUCCAGAGUUGCGUGAGCGCAGUUACGGUGACAUCAGCGAGCGCGUGGCGCUGAGGAAGCGGCUGCAGUGUCACUCGUUCCGCUGGUACCUGGACACGGUCUACCCAGAGAUGCAAACUGCAGCCAGCAGCCACAAGCAGCAGCAGCAGCCACUGUUCCUCAACAAGGGUCUGCGACGGCCCAAAGUCCUGCAGAGAGGACGGCUUCGUAACCUAGCAACCAGGCAUUGUCUGGUGGCCCAGGGCAGAGCCAGUCAGAAGGGCGGGGCCGUUGUCCUGCGAUCAUGUGACCCGCGAGACCCCGAACAGGACUGGGUCUAUGAUGAGGAGGGGCAGCUGGUCCUGGCAGGUCUGCUGUGUCUGGACGUGUCGGAGGUCAGGACCUUCGACCCCCCAAGACUGAUGAAGUGCCACGGCUCGGGGGGGUCGCAGCAGUGGAGCUUGGGGAAGUCCAACCGGCUCUACCAGGUCUCGGUCGGUCAGUGCCUGUCCGUCACUCAGCCGAUCGGGCUGAAGGGUUACGUCUCCAUGGCGAUAUGUGACACCUCACAGGUGCAGCAGUGGCAGCUGGAGGCCUGAGAAGGACCCACAUCUCCGUGUGAUGGACGGACGCCUUUGGUCCAGUUUGAUUUUAAGGACAGUCAGAUUUUAUUGAUGCGAGAAGACUGUUUUAGGUGUUUUUACAAUUUUCGUGUUUAUUCUCGGAGCAGCUCUGGAUGACUUCAGCUGACUGGCAGAGCUGAUUUUGUUUAUCAAGACUCAUUUGUCUCUGAGCUGCUGCUAAAGACCGGAUGGGACCGGUCCUGAAAUACUUUGACUGUUGGAGAGAUGGUUUCUAGGAACUAACUGCAGGAGUUUCUUCAUCUGUUUGUUUGUCAGGUCACAAUGUCUUAUCCUGGAGUACGAGCUCAAUGAAGAGUCUGGGUAGAACAGCUCAUUAUUUUUAU